AUGAGAUUAACACUUCAGCUUUGCUGCGGAAUACUGCUGCUCUGUGUAGUAUCUGGCCAGCAGUACAAGCAGCAGUUGUCCUCACCUUCAUCAGUCACCUCCUCUUCGUCGGUCGACUCCGUGCCGGCGGCCGCCAACAACGUGCCUUACCGCUCACGACCGUACUCGAACCAGUACGGUAGCAGCUCGUCGGAGGAAGAGGAAGAUGACCGGCCAGUGGCCACGUACAACAAUCGCCAACAGCAGCAAGGAAACAACUUAAAGAAAAGCUUCAAGAAGCCAUCGUACUCCAGCGAGGAGCUCGAGCAGGAAGAAGAACCCGACCGCUUGACGGUGCUGCUGGAAAAGUCGCAGUUCCAGUGCACAGGACGCACGACCGGUUACUACGCUGACGAGAGUCUCGGUUGCGAGGUGUUCCACUACUGUCAGGAGAACCAGAAACAUUCGUGGAUCUGCCCGGAAGGCUUCACCUUCCACCAGGUGCACUUAAUCUGCAUGCCACCGUCGGGUGAUAACAUUUGCGAGCAGUCGUCCAAGUAUCACUUCGUCAACGACUAUCUCUACAAGCCGAUCAACAUGGAAGAGCACAUGACAAAGCCUAACGUUACACUAAGAUACUCGGAACGUUACUAUCCUGAGAACUUUUACGUUGACGAGCGUCACUAUGACGAGGAGCGGGUGUUGCGCCAACACGAGGAACGCCAUCAACCGCAGCAACCCGUGAAGCAGACGUACCACCAUCAGCCACAACAACAGACGGUGCGCAAGCAGCCGGUCUACGCCACGACACCCUCGUCCUACAGGUUGUCAUCUCCCCAACCGACGCACAGUGUCUACCGUUCACCGGAGGAAAUCAAUAUCUCCCUGCAACAGCGACGACCAGCCGCCCAGCCCGGCUCCUACGUCCAGUCUACCACUCCACGCUACGAGGACGAACCGGAGUACGAUAGCUAUGAGCGGAAGUAA